GGCGGGGCAACUACUCUUUCUCUCCAAGAGAUACGAUUCGGUAUCUGAAUCGGCUGAAGGAGAGUGAAGAGGCGGCUACUCCCCCAGCCCACAGGAAGCCUCUUCUUUCUGGUCUACAUUAAGUGCAUUGAAUGCCCCACAAUCAGAAUAAAAGAGGAUGGAUCAAGGAGAGGUUUGGGAUGAAACCAGAGUGGAUCUGCAGCAAAGCGGAGCCUCCGGAGGUAUGGUGGCUUGUACUGUGCCGUCAUUUCGGAUUCCCGACUGAUUGCAGCACUAGUUAAAUGGGAUGAAUCACCCAGAUCUUGAAUCAACUAGUAGAUCAUCAACAUAGGGGCCCAAUUCAUUCUCCAGAUGAGUUGGGAGCUGAGGCAGCCCGCGCGCGACCCAUACCAAUCCUACACUCCUUUCUUCUAUUGUUUCUUUGUCACUUCUUGGAAAUCACGAAGAGGAUUCCCGAACUGGACUAAGCGGGAGGGGAGCUGCUACAGUAUUGGAAACGUCUUCAGUUCUUUGAUCCAUUCCGUAGCGCGAAAUCCAUCAUUGGCUAAACAAUCAUUUGGUUAUGCCAUUUUGGGCUUUGCUCUAACCGAAGCUAUUGCAUCGUUUGCCUCAAUGAUGGCCUUUUUGAUCUCAUCCAUAUUCCGAUCGAAGGUUGAACUUUCAUAAAGCAAGCACCUCUUUCACAUAAGAAAAUGGA